AUAACCUCACAUUUCCCUUGGCGGAAAUUAGCGGGCCGGGCGAUAAGAGUCCAGUCCCGCAAUAUAAUCACUGCAAAAAGUAGCAAGCGGCAAGGACAAUUGUGAAAUAAUUCCCCGGGAAUAUGGAUCCCAGCAAAAAGCCACGUUUGAUUGAGGAAGAUGGAAAUGGUGUGCCUUUAAAUGUGAGUGGAUGGGAUGAUUGGGAGUUAGAGGACAAGGAGAAUUGCUCCAACAAUGCGCAACAGCGUCCGGGGACAAGUGCACCUAUCAAAACCAUUGAUCUCACGCGAUGGAGGCGAUGCGAAGUAAAGUCCGUGACGAAAUUCGACAGAGAAAUCCAUCUGAGCCUCAUGGAGGACGAUGUGGCACCGGAAAAAGCCCAAACAGGCCAAUUGAUCCUCUAUGACACGUGGAUUUCGACAGAAAUCAAUCCAAUGGAUACAGUUUCUGUGAAGGCGGUCUGGAGCCAGGAACAGCAGUGCCAUGUCAUAACACGGGACAAAGGGCUUUUGGUGGUGAAUCCCGAUGUUCUGGUGUCAGGAACUUCUCUCCUAGGGUCACUGUUUUGCGCCCGGAAAGGUGUCCUCGGGGAGUAUUUUAGGAAAAUAACCCCAGAAGUACAAAUUAUGACUAUUGGAUCAAUGGUCCAUGAACUUCUUCAAAUGUGCCUUAAAAAGAAUUUGGAGACUCAAGAACAAAUCCUAGAAGAGUGCCGAGAUUUGCUAGAAAACCAAAAGACAAUUUUUCAAAUUUAUUCCGCCACUCUUGAAGCACAAAAAGCUGAGCAGGAAAUGAUGAACUUUGUGCCAAAGAUUUAUCAGUUCAUUCAACGGUAUUUGUUGAAUCAACCGAUGCCUCUGUUUCAGAAGUGGGAUAAUUUUGGGGGAACGAUUGAGAGUGUGCAAGAUAUUGAAGAGAAUAUCUGGAUGCCUCAAUUGGGGCUCAAGGGCAAGGUGGAUGUCGGUGUUCGAGUGCGAAAGAGAACUCCUGGUGGCCUUGAAGUCGUUAAGACAAUACCAAUGGAAUUAAAAACCGGCCGAGCGACUUUUUCGCUAGAACACCGAGGCCAGUUGACCCUCUAUCAAAUGAUGAUGGGUGAAUUCCACAGAGAUACAGAGUCUGGGCUGCUUCUGUAUCUCAGAGAGGGUAUUUUGAGAGAACUUCAGCCCACGUGGAAUGAAGUAAGAGAUCUGAUAAUGAUGCGCAACAGAUUCAUUGGAUACUUGGCGUCUGAGAAAAUUUAUAUGAAUGAUGAGGAACCCGAAUUCAAGCUUCCAGAGCCAAUAAGUCACCCAACUGCUUGUUCAUCUUGCCCACUGAAUACAAUUUGCAGUGUAUUCCUACUUAAAUCUGAUCAAAAGGAUCUGGUAACGCCUCAACAUUAUCUUCACAAAGUUCUUGAGAAAGUGACUGAACAUUUAAGUGAAAUGGAUGCAGAUUACUUCAUCAAUUGGGUUCACAUUGUAUUCUAUGAACAUUUUCACGAACACGAAACCUUUAGUCAUGAAAGAAUCUGGACCAAAACACCAGAAGCACGGGAAGUAGAGGGCUUUACUUUGGCCUAUUUGGUCAUCUUGACCAACCCCACUCUCCAGGGAAAUCGCUACGUGACAGAAUUUCACGUGGAUAAAUCCCGUCCGGGAGGCAGUAAAAGGGAUUGUCUUACAGCGGGAUUCUCCCUUGGGGAUUAUUUGAUUGUUAGUACAUCCCAGAAAAUUGCUGUGGCCACUGGGACUGUCCUUUCAAUUGAUCCAUGGAGCAUCUGCUUGUCUCUCGAGCGCGAUCUUCGAGCAUUGUAUCGCCAUGAAGUCUUCCAUAUUGAUCGCUUCGAGAGCAAGAUGAGCAUGACAUUCAAUUUGACCAAUUUGGGAGCUCUGUUGGAGAAUACUGAGAGGAGUAAUGAACUCAGGAGGUUGAUUGUGGAGAAAAUUCCUCCGAAAGGUUCACCCGACGUCCAAAGGAUUACUCACGAAGCUUUCUGGAAUUUGAAUGAUGAUCAAAUGGAUGCUAUCGUGAAGAGUGUCCAUUUGCAGGAGUACAUGCUUCUGGAAGGACUGCCAGGAACUGGAAAGACUGAGACAAUUAUUGCCAUUGUGAGAUAUUUUCAUCGCCAGGGGAAAUCUGUUCUAAUCACAAGUCACACAAAUGCUGCUGUGGACAAUUUCCUGGAGCGUCUGAUACCAUUUGAUGUGCCAUUUAUGAGAUUGGGAUCUGUGUCUAGAAUCUCACCGAAACUCCAUCACUACACAGAAUCCUUCCUCACGCGCGAAUGUUCCACAGUUGAUGAUCUCGAUGUUGCUUUCUAUCGCUGCGGAAUUGUGGGAGUCACUUGCAUGGGAUGCAAUCAUCCUUUGCUCAUCCAGAGACAAUUUGACCUGUGUAUUGUCGAUGAGGCUACUCAAGUUUUCCAGCCGACCAUCUUGAGGCCACUUUUAUCUGCUAAAAAAUUCAUUCUCGUGGGUGAUCCUCAUCAACUGCCACCGCUCAUAAAGUCUGACCAAGCUCUGGAAAUGGGAGGCGGAGAGAGUCUCUUCAAGCGCCUUCAAACUCCGGAAUCUGUGGCUACGCUCAGGGCUCAAUAUCGUAUGAAUGCAACAAUAACGAGCGUUGCCAACAAUCUUUCCUACAACGGACUCCUAUCCUGCGCCAAUGAUACAGUAGCCAACAGUGUUAUUCAGUAUGCUCCUGAAAUGAUCUUUAGCGAAGAGAGCACACCUCCAUGGCUGUACAAAACGCUAAGCACGGACCUCAACAUGGCUUUUAUCUACGUGGACACGGGAUAUACUACUGGACGUCACAUAGACCUCACCAAGCAGAUCAACAUUGAUCCGUCUAGCAAAGUAGAGCUCAAUUUUCAAGUGGACUCCUUUCCGGACACCAAUGUCCAUCACUUGAGCACGAAUAUUUGCGAAGCUGCCCUGUGUCUGUACAUUGUGCGGUCGCUGAAUGAACUGGGAAUUGAUUGCAGGGAUAUUGGGAUUAUUGCUCCAUUUAGGGCUCAAGUGAUCCUCCUGCAGCAACUGAUUGUGAAGUUCAAUGAGGUUUUUGGCUUUUCUUCGGGGACUGGAGUGGAAGUGAAUACGGUGGAUCAGUUUCAGGGCAGGGAGAAGAGUGUGAUUAUCUAUUCGUGUGUCAGCAAUUGCAACACGAAGGAUCACUUGUGCGAAGUGGACAAGAGGAUUAUGGGGAGCAGUGAACGGUUUGCCGUGGCUAUGACUAGAGCAAAGCACAAGUGCAUUAUUAUUGGGAAUUAUUCAUCGUUGGAAUUUAUCGAUCCCUUUCGGAACUUGAAGCAGGGAAUGCUUCCGGAAGGAUUUAUCAGACUGACAAAUGGGGAUUUGGGAUUCAAGUGGCCAGACGUUUUGCGUCAUUUUGUUGAUGUUUACAGGAAAAAUUAUCGCCUCCUGGAGGCUCCAAUUUUUCACACAAAGGAUUCUUUUGAUGAUUUUUGAAGUGUUUUACUUUAUUUUGAGGGAAUUACAUUAAAUCGCUUUGACUGUGCUUA